CAAGGCGCCCGCGGAGUCCCAACCGUAGAAAAACAAAACCCUCGCUUAACAACUAAACUAACAUUUUACACCAAACUUCGCUCGGGAAUCCGUGUUUUUCGGUAUCGGAAACCGAGUCCGGCGAUUGAUUCUCGGCCGUUUCCCGUCGCUCUUUAAAAAGGCCUUUUUGGGGGGCGAUGUUGUUUAUCUGUAGUAAAGGGGGCGGCUUGAAACCAUCCCUCCCUUGCCCCAUUUCCUCGGUUGUUUUCCUUCUCUCGCCUGGAUUCUCCAUGUUGUUGGUGCUAAAGUGAGGACUUCGCAGCGUCGGGUUGAAGAAGAAGAAGGGGGGGGGCGAUAUUUACCAGUAACUGUAAAGGAAAAAAAACAAAACAAGAACAACAACAACCUGAGACGACGGAGCUUAAACGAGACUCGAAUAAGGAGGGAUACGGCUCCCCUAAAAAAAAGAGAGAGAGAGAAAAAAACAACACAUCCAAGUGCCUUGCCCCCUUUACCCAAGGCGGACCUCCGAGAGAAGAAACGGCGGAGGAAUAAAAGAAACGAAGGAAGAAGAUAAAAAUCCUCCACUCUCUCUCUCUCUCUCCAUCUUUCUGGCGGUGUAUUUUUUAUUUUUUCUUCCCCUCUCGGUCUGUGUGUGUGUCGGUGAGGCGGAUGACAAGUUUUUUUAGCCUCGGUGAAUAAUUUGAGUCGACUCGUCCAUAAGAAGCCCAAUGAGGGAUGCCCAUCAGUGCUCGGGGACAGGAUUUGAGGAUUUCGAGGGCUCCGUGAUUGUCCGAUGGAAAGUUCUGUUAUCACCCAAGUGCAGAAAGAAGACGUUCAAGUGUCACCGCCGAAAACAGGCCAGGUGUGCCGGUCUGCCCUGAAACAGCCUCGGAGUUGUAACAUCUUCAAAGCGCUCUUCUGUUGCCUCCAAGCUCAGGAUGGCCCCAAACCACCUCCGCCGCUACCACCGCCUUCCCAGCAGGCCUUGCUGGAGUCACAGGAAAAUGGGGCGGUUGUCAAGCUGUCCGAACCCAGCCUCCUGCCUGAGGUGAUAGCCGAGGACCAGGGGAAGAUAUGCGUGGUCAUAGACCUGGAUGAAACCCUGGUGCACAGCUCGUUCAAGCCUAUUAGUAAUGCAGACUUCAUCGUGCCUGUGGAGAUAGAGGGGACCACACACCAGGUGUACGUGCUGAAGCGGCCGUACGUGGACGAGUUCCUGCAGAGAAUGGGAGAGCUGUUUGAAUGUGUGCUGUUUACAGCCAGUCUCGCAAAGUACGCAGACCCAGUGACGGACCUGCUGGAUCAGUGUGGCGUAUUCAGGACUCGGUUAUUCCGGGAAUCUUGUGUUUUCCACCAGGGCUGCUACGUUAAAGAUUUGAGUCGUCUGGGCAGAGACCUCCACAAAACCCUCAUCCUGGACAAUUCUCCUGCCUCCUACAUCUUUCACCCUAAUAAUGCUGUUCCCGUGCUGUCAUGGUUUGACGACGUAGACGACGCCGAGCUGCUCAACCUUCUGCCCGUGUUCGAGGAACUGAGUCAAGCCGACGACGUUUACACCCGGCUGGACGAGCUGCGCGGACAUUAAGCUCUCAAGGGGGGACCCUCUCUGCUCAGCUCCUUUCUUUAGAGCUCUUCUAUCGACUACAAUAGAUCCGUACAAUGAGAAUAAGAGUUUUUUCGCCUUUGCACAAAAAAAAAAAAUCAUCUAUCGUUUUAGAAAAUUGUAUUAGGAGGGUUGAGAGGGGUGUUAAAGGAAAUACCAAGCCUGGGAGAAAGAAAAAAAAAAACACACAAUGGGUCAGCUGAAACUAUAGAUCGCAAUUUGAGGCCUUUUCCUCUUGAACCUCGGUGCUGAUAAUAUUGACAACCACUAUUUGAAGGCACUAAGACAAAAGAGUGGGAAACAAGCAACCAAAGCAGUCCCGUCACAAUCACUCCAGUUUACUCUGAAUGAAUAUUAAAAAGUGGUUCUUUUGCCAAAGCAGAAGCCUGCCUGCCCUGACUUGACUUUUUUGGACAUUGUUUUUCAUUAUUGUGCCUUUUAUGGAACAACAACAACAACAAGAAAAAAAAAAAACAUCAGCUCUUUUUUUAAUAAAAUUUCCACCAGAUUUUAUACAUUUAUUGAUUUUUUUUUUCUUCUUCUUUUUGUAGGUUGUUUUAUAAGGAAAUCUAUUUUUAAACGGUGAUCAUGGUUCUUCUAUGCAACCCAGUUAUGUAAUAAUGACAUGGACAGUACCUCUCAAGUAGCCAGAGUCAGCAGAUGUUAACAUUUAGCCUUAUUUACAUGUAAAUGAGCAGCAAAACAAAACAAAAAGAAAUCUGUAUUUUACUUAUUUGUAUUGUACAAUAAACAGAAUUUCUACAAAAAAACAUGCAGAUAUACAUCAUUAGUAAUCAGAUUGAUAUUUCAUAUAUUGGGGGUUGUUUUGUUUUUUUUAAGUUAAGUAAACAGGGCGAAGUCUUUUCUUUGAUGGUCCGUUGAAAGCAGACACACUGGAAUAUGUCGGCACAUAGGAUGACCAAUAAAAGCCACAGUUUUCAGUCCAGGUUUUUAAUAAUAGUUUGUUACGAUGUUUUGUUUGUUUUUCUUUUUAUUACUAUAUGACAAAAACAACCUUGCACUUGUUUUAUAUUGACAGUGCUGAAAGUAAAAAAACAAGAAAAAACAAAACAAAAAAAACUACAACAUGAAACUGUGCCUUUUUAGAAAUUCGGACAGAGAAUGGUGUUCUGCCUGAACAGAGAUUCGUAGGCCUACACACUCUGAGUGUCAUGCUGGGCGUGAGAAAACACUGUCAAGAGCAAGUGUAAUGCCAUGUGGCGGUGGUACUUGCAGUGCAACACUUGAAAAUAUCAAAUCUGAUUUUUUUAACAUGUGUGUGCGUGUUUUUUCUAUAUUUAUUGGCCAAAAUCUGUAUUGUCCAGUACUUCGUAAUGCUUCACAUUUUUUGUAUUUGUAAUCCAUUCGCCUACUUUUGAGGCUGGCCUUGUGUUUUAACUGUUUUAUCUGUGCCUACGUAACAUAACACUUUGCUGUCAAAAGCUCAUGGAUUAUUCAAAAAGAACUCCGCAGUUAAAUCGGUUCAAUGAAUACAUGUAAAUCCAACAUUCAAUCAUGCAAGAGAUGUUUUCUUCCUUUUUUUUCCAUUUUAAAUUCAUUACAACAAAUAUUUUGUUGUUUGGGGGUAUGUUUCCUGGGUGAUAUGGUUUUUUUCUUACGAUGUUUAAUGUCUGAUGCAAUUAUUGUCUGCAUGUUAACUAGUCAAAUAUGACGAUGAAAAUGUACCAGUUGUGAUGACCAAAAGUAUUUGUUUUAGACAGUCACAAUUUGUCUUUUGUGUAUCAGAAUAAAUCAGAAAACUCAUUUUGUCUACCUGAUCUGACCAAAACUCUAAAAAGACAAUGUGCUACCAGUUUUUAUUUUAAAAUAAAAAUUGGUUAUAUUUUACUCUCUUUUUGUGUUU